CUCUCACGUGCUUUUGAGCGUGCGUCGGCAGAAGCUUGGCGCCCAGCUCAUAAGUCACAAGCCUCACUGCUAGACGCUGGAUUCGCGUCUUACAUAAGUCCUUUACGUCGUGUUACUACUAAGUGGAUGGGGGACAUGGCGCCAAUACCUUCGAAGUUUCUUCCACAGAUUCGACGGGACAAAUUUGAAUCUGAUGCCCUCGAGAUUGCUCUGGAUCAGCUUGAUAAAUGUAUGAGGAAGGGAACGAAGCGGCUGUCCUCUGUGGACGAAACAUCCAUGGACGAUUUUGAGCGAACGUAUGCUAUCCAAUGGCUCACGAAUCUUCUUCGGGUGAUUUGCGUUGAUGGUGCGAAUCGACCUGCAACUGAAGACAGAUCAAACGAGAGAACAGAGUCUCUCCUAAGCCGUGCUGCGGAUCUCCUAAUGAUAUCUUCUGGGUCUUCCGCCUUAUCGUCUGCCCUCCAGACUUUCACGAUGACUCUCGGCGAAAAGCUAAGCAAGGAUGGAACCACACUUUCGCCGUCGUCGCCGCCGAUUGAAAUCAGUAUUAAUGAUGGCUCUAUUAACUCGCAUGACCUCCCUGGAGCUGUGGGGAUGCAGACAUGGGGGAGCGCCAUGAUGCUUGCCAAGCGUAUAGCAGAGGACCCCAAUGUAUUCAUACCUCUCUGCAAUCCACCGUCUUUCCCGAAUCGUUUCCAUCAGCGACCCCUUAGGAUUCUGGAGCUCGGCGCUGGGACGGGACUAGUCAGCCUUGCUGUCGCGAAGAUUGCUUCAUUGAUCUGCGAUCGCCAGGCACGUUCUUCGAUCAAUGGAAUCGCCGUUGAAAUUUUUGCAACGGAUUACGAUCGAGCCGUUCUGUCUAAUCUUCGUGACAACAUACGCCGCAACGAAUCACUCAAUGGAUGCGUGUCUCUCAAAGCUUGUUCACUAGAUUGGGAACAAUACUACCAGCUACGGAUGGGUCGCGAUGGAAACACGAAAGAAGAUUUCCGUGGGGUAACCGAUCCUGAAGGGGAAAAGAUGCGGGCGCAUUCGUUCGAUCUCGUACUCGCUGCGGAUGUUGUCUACGAACUCCAACAUGCAGAGUGGUUGAAAGCGACUGUGCAAUCCCUGCUCAGGUAUCCUGGACACGAUGCCACAACUACAUCUCAAUCCGUUAAUAAUCCUCUUUUUCACCUUGUUGCUCCUAUCCGCCACACACAUCGUGCGGAGUUAGAAUCAAUCGUCCAAGUAUUCUCACCUUAUGCGACGCCAGCACCAGACUCGCGCGGUUGUGCUGCUCAGUAUCGGUUAUCAAUACUCCGCAGUCACCAUAUCGACGAUGGAGAAGAGAAUGGCUUUAUAUGGUAUGAAAUUGGAUGGGUAUCAGAACAAUAUUUUCCUGCGGCCACUGUUUUGAACGAGCAGAUUGACAAAUUCAAUUUUCCAUUGCUGUAAUACAUGUACAUAUGCAGUUGCACCGUCUAAUCGGUUCAUGUAAGAAUAGCGUGAGCACGAUUAAAUUACCCUCA